CGCGCCGAGCCGGGAAGGAUGCGGCGCCUGUGGAGGCCCGGGGGACCUGGGGAGGCCGGGGGUCUCCGGCUGCUCCUCUGCCUCCUGCUGCUAAGUAGCCGCCCGGGGGGCUGCAGCGCCAUUAGUGCCCACGGCUGUCUGUUUGACCGAAGGCUCUGCUCCCACCUCGAAGUCUGUAUCCAGGAUGGCUUGUUCGGACAGUGCCAGGUGGGAGUGGGGCAGGUUCGGCCCCUUUUGCAAGUCACCUCCCCAGUUCUCCAGCGAUUACAAGGUGUGCUCCGACAGCUCAUGUCCCAAGGACUGUCCUGGCAUGAUGACCUCACCCAGUAUGUGAUCUCCCAGGAAAUGGAGCGCAUCCCCCGGCGGCGCCCCCCAGACCCCUGGCCAAGGGACAGAUCUGGCUUGGCGCCCAGGAGACCUGGCCCUGCAGGAGAUCUGCUUUCACAGGCCACGCCUACUGGCCCCGCCCCCGCUGCCUACCUGCUUCCUCAGCCUCCCCCAGGGGCGGGCAGAGCUGGGGCCAGCUCCUCACUGUCCCCGCUGCAGGCUGAGCUGUUGCCCCCUCUUCUGGAGCAUCUGCUGUUGUCCCCGCAGCCCCCGCACCCCGCCCUGACUUAUGAACCCACCCUGCUUCAGCCCUACCUGUUCCACCAGUUUGGCUCCCGCGAUGGCUCUGAGGGUUCGGAGAGCCCCCCAGGGAUGGUCAGUGUUGGCUCUCUGUCCAAGGCCAAACCUCCCAACUUCUUCAGCCGAGCUGCCACCAAGGGCAUGUUUGGGCCCCACUCUGGCCACUCCUACGGGGACCCCCCUGGAAUUUCCCCUGCUCAGCUUUUCCAGGACUCCGGGCUGCUCUACCAGGCCGUGGAGCCUCCGGUGCCCAGCAGGGUCAGGGUACCAAGGCUCCCUGAGCAAGGGGUCAGCGGCCAGGCGGACUCUGAGAAGGAAGGACUAGGGGGCCAUGGGGACACACCUUCUUUUCCUGCAGGACAGCCAGAUGGGUCUCUGCAGAGGCUGGCGGCCCUACUGGCAGGCUACGGGGUGGAGCUGCGUCAGCUGACCCCGGAGCAGCUCUCCACCCUCUCGACCCUGCUGCAGCUGCUGCCCAAGGGGGCAGGGAGAAACAUGGGUGAGGUCACGAACGCUGAUGCUGACAUCAAGAAACCCGUAGAACAGCAGGUCCAGGAUGGAGGCACAGCAGGGCCACUGCCCCCCACACCUUCCCUGCCUGAAGCCCCCACGGGCAGCCCCACCUCCAGCAAAAGCCAGCAAGUACUGGGUUCCCCAGAGCCCCCCAAAGCUGCUACCCGCCCUGCCACACCUGUUCUGCUGGAGAAGAAAAGUCCACUGGGUCAAAGCCAGCCCACAGUCGCCGGGCAGCCCUCAGCGAGGCCAUUGGCUGAGGAAUAUGGCUACAUCGUCACUGACCAGAAGCCCCUCAGCCUGGCUGCAGGUGUGAAGCUGCUGGAGCUCCUGGCUAAGCACAUGCACAUGUCUUCAGGCAGCUUCAUCAACAUCAGUGUGGUGGGACCGGCCCUGACCUUCCGCAUCAGGCACAACGAGCAGAACUUAUCUCUGGCUGAUGUGACCCAGCAAGCUGGGCUGGUGAAGUCAGAACUGGAAACCCAGACAGAGCUCCGGAUCUUGCAGACCGGAGUGGGACAGCGGGAGGAAGCCGCUGCUGUCCUUCCCCGGGCAGCCCACGGAACCCCGCCCGUGCGCUCUGUGCUGCUUACUCUGGUGGCCCUAGCUGGCGUGGCAGGGCUGCUGGUGGCCUUGGCGGUGGCUUUGUGUAUGAGACAGCAUGCUCGGCAGCAGGACAAGGAGCAUCUGGCAGCUUUGGGGCCUGAGGGGGCCCAUGGGGACACCACCUUUGAGUACCAGGUACGCAGCCCCAGGAGCUUGUUGAGGAGAGGAAUCGGAAUUGAGCACGACCCUCGGAUGCCAGCCUACAUAGCCACCCAGGGCCCACUGUCCCACACCAUUGCAGACUUCUGGCAGAUGGUCUGGGAGAGUGGCUGCACCGUCAUCGUCAUGCUGACCCCGCUGGUGGAGGACGGCGUCAAGCAGUGUGACCGCUACUGGCCGGAUGAGGGCUCCUCCCUCUACCACGUGUAUGAGGUGAACCUGGUAUCGGAACACAUCUGGUGUGAGGACUUCCUAGUGCGGAGCUUCUACCUGAAGAACGUGCAGACCCAGGAAACGCGCACGCUCACGCAGUUCCACUUCCUCAGCUGGCCGGCAGAGGGCACUCCGGCCUCCACGCGGCCCCUGCUGGACUUCCGCAGGAAAGUGAACAAGUGCUACCGGGGCCGCUCCUGCCCCAUCAUCGUGCACUGCAGCGAUGGCGCGGGCAGGACGGGCACCUACAUCCUGGUCGACAUGGUUCUGAACCGCAUGGCCAAAGGAGUGAAGGAGAUUGACAUCGCUGCCACCCUGGAGCAUGUCCGCGACCAACGGCCUGGCCUCGUCCGCACCAAGGACCAGUUCGAGUUCGCCCUGACCGCCGUGGCGGAGGAGGUGAAUGCCAUCCUCAAGGCCCUGCCCCAGUGAGCCGCCCAGCCACCGCCUGCCCAGCCACCGCCUGCCGUGCCGUGCGUGUCCGCUGUGCUGUGUGCCCCUCUGAUGCCUCCGCCCACCGCCUUGGCUCUCCUGGGUAUGUCUGCGAGAAAGGGGAGGCAGAAGGGCUAGAGCCCCGGGUGCCCCAGGGCAGAGCUGGCAGCCUGCCUGCCGGAAGCUGAGCCAGGCCGAGGACUGUCAUUCUCCGCAGAGCCCUUUCCCGCCUGAGUUCCCUGCUGCCAUCGCCCAUGCUCCUGGAGGUGCCCAGCACCCAGCACUAGUCUGUGAACGCCCCAUCCCCAUCCCCAGAGUGAGCCGGCAGGGUGGAGGGGACAGAGGGGGUGUCAGGCCUCAGCUCCUGGGUCCCCAUGACCCAGUCUGCUUUGUGGCCGACCCCUUGCCUCCAGGCCCUUCAUCCUGCCACUCAUCCGCACUCUUGCCCUCUGGCACUAGGAACAUUUCCAGAAAAAAAUCUAUUUUGUAUCUAUGUGAAUAAAGUGACUGUUGUCUGUGCAGCUGCCAACCCA